UCCGAUCCCCUACGCCGCGGAGAAGCGCCGCCGCCGCGUCUCCACGAACAACCGCAGCCUACGCCGCCGCCUCAAACCAAGCGGCGCCAUGGAGUGGAAGAUCUCUAGGAAGAAGAAAGAGGCGAGCACGACGGACGCUCCGGCGGAGGCGGCCGCCUUCCUGACGGACGACCUUAUCUUGGAGAUCCUCUCCCGCCUCCCCGCCAGGUCCGUCCACCGCUUCAAGUGCGUCUCCCCGUCCUGGCGCGACCUCAUUGCCGACCCCGUCAACCGCAAGAAACUGCCCCACACCCUCGCCGGCUUCCUCUACAGCACCUACGACAGGGUAGGCCCCCGCUUCAAUUACUUUCGGUUCGCAGACUUCUCCAUCGGCGCAGCCCUGCCGGUCGACAUGUCCCUCCCUUUCUUGCCACCCAACAAGUACCUGCACGUCCUGGACACUUGCAAUGGGCUCCUCCUCUGCCUCUGCUCCAUGGCCCCUUCUUCUCCAUCAACGGAUGAGAAAGCGCCGGUUGAACUCCAUGCCCAUUUCGUCGUAUGCAACCCGGCCACCCGGAGGUGGGUCGCCCUGCCGCCUGGCUCACUGGCUCCAGACGAACCUCUCACCCUGGCUCGUUUGGCUUUUGAUCCAGCAGUCUCGUCACAUUUCCACGUUCUUCAGUUUAAGGGGGCCCGUUGGGGGGGAUGCAUCACAGGAGUGAGCAUCUACUCUUCGAAAUCUGGAGCUUGGAUUCGUAGAGAAAGCCUCUUGGUUGAAAAAAUUCUUCUGAAAUGUGGCGCUACAAGUGUCUUCUUUCAUGGAAUGCUGCACUUGCUUGGUUGGCUGUGCCCCCUUAACGUGAACGACGAUUUUGUGCUGGUAGCAGUGGACAUGGAGGGGAAGGUGUGGAAGACUAACCGUGUCCCGUCCGAUGGUUUGGCUUGUGGUAGAAUUGGUUUAUCACAGGGGUGCUUGCACUACUUUUCGAUGCCCAGGAUCAAGAAGAAAAAGGAGAACACCAAGGUAGCAUCAGUCUGGUUCAUGGAGGAUUAUGAUAGUAAAGAAUGGGUCUUGAAGAAUAGUGUCAGCAAUGAUGAGUUGCGGAACAUAAAUGGGGUGGAUUACAAGGUGGCUGCUUUUCAUCCAGACUGUGACACCAUUUUUCUGGAAGCACAUUGGACCCUUCCCCGGACCCUGCGCAAGCGGGAGCUACAUGCACUGGGCUGCCCAUGUGAUGUCGAUGCAUUGGCAUCAUACGAUACUCUGCUACACACACGACGGUUGUGGACGAUCUCCGCACGAUGAAGCACAUCAACCCGUCCAUGCGUCGAUUCAAAGUGAACCUACACCGUUAAAUACUCCAUCGUGCGCAGUUCGUUCGGCUAUUGUCGUCCACACAGCAGUUUCGUUCCCUUAUACAAGGCCACUAUGAAAAAUACAUUUUGCAUCUAUACAAGGCCACUAACAGUACCCGAGGCAAAAUUUAAUGAUGUUUUCUCGUAGUAGAAACUUGUUUAAUACUUGCAUGCAUGUAGUCAUAAUGACAUUAUGCUACUUCCUUCUCAUUCCUUCCUUGCAUGCAUGUGGGCGUAUUAAUGGUCCCAGUUAAAAAAAAGAAAAGUUGGCUUGCAAAGUAGUCAUUGAGUUUUACCUAGGUACCUGUAAUUUAAGUUUGUGGCCUUGUAUAAGGGAAUGGAGGGAGUAUGCAGCAUCAGAAAUUCCAUCGAAUCCUUAAUCUUGGGGAAAAAAAGACAUCGAACUAUCUACCCUAUGUUCCACUUUUCUCAGACUCAUUAGCAGGUGCAGAUGGGCAGUAGUUUUACCUACAGCCCUUGCUCCUGCUAGCUUGAUUUUCUGUUUGGAGCAAUCCCCGGAAACCUUAGAUGUUAAGCAUACUGCAGUUUUCAAAGAACAUGGUUACUAUUUUUUUUGUUUGUUUAGAUAUCGUAAUGCAGACGAAUUGGUUUCAUGUGGCUAAAUUAUUGUUCUGAAGUCUGGUUUUCUUGUCCAUGAUACUAUGAAGGAUUAUGUGUCCUAAAUCCCAAUAUUAGUGCGUCUCAUUUCUAAACAUUUUAGUGUAUUCAGAGUUCCAAUCAGACUAUUGUAAUGUCUGUUUUUUAUGUUAUAAUCCUCAGGAUUUCGGUGAUGCAGUGCUACUUAGCGAGUUUUUAUCUGCUUUUGCUGUAGCUAUUCAGUUUUCUGCAUUUGAAAUCCUUUGUUUAUUCUGCCUGGUAACCGAGGGACUGAAAAAUUGCAUCAAUGCAAAGAAAAUACCAGCUGCACUAAGAAGUCUUAUUGCUGGGUGAGCAAACACAAAGAAAGAAAUGGCUCUUUCCUAGGCUGCAUUAUUUGUCAGUUGAUUUCUGAACCAACUUUAGUGAUGCAGUUCAGUCCGCUGGUGCCUACACUCCUGCUAACUUGAUUCUUUGUUCGGAGCAAUGUCUGGUAUCCCCACAGAUUGAGCAUAUUGUAAUUGCAAAAACAACAUGGUUACUGUUUUGUUGUUUGCCUAGCUUUUGGCCUGGACAUGGAUUUGGGAAGGAGGGAGUAAGAACGUUUUUUACACUAUACUAAUGUCAAAAACGUUCUUAUAUUAUGGAACGGAGGCAGUAGUAUUUAAGGAAUAUAUGAUUGUCCUAAACCCUAAUAUUGGUGGGUGCAGCUUAGUGUACUGAAAGUCUCAAUACCUUAGUCCUCCGCGGUAAUGCACUGCAUCGAACAAGUUCCUUGUAUCUA